UGGUAUCAAAACAAAAAUAAAAAAAAGUCGGCAACACCUCAUGGAAACUUGUAACCUUGGCUUCGAUCAUAUUGCUUGCAGCUCUCAGAAUGUCGUGCACGCGCCUUAAUUUAGUUUGCAAACUCAUCACGGACUGUCGUUUUCCACAACAAGUGACUAGAUCUAGACAGAUUUGCAUGACUUCAUGCAAUGCAAACUCUCCUCAAAGCGACAAGCUGUAUGGAAACAUUCUAAAGCAAAAUGGAAGUGGAACCACCAGCACACUUUUACCCAAGAAAAAGACUGACCCAUGCCAUCUCAGUCGCCAUUUUCACACUACUGAUGCAGUUUUGCUUCCCAACAGCAAAUUUUUAAACUUGAAACCUACUGAAAUAUCAGAAGCAGAAUAUGAGGCAUUAGCAGAAGAAACUCUGGAUUCGCUGACAGAGUUCUUUGAAGAUUUGCCAGAGACUGAAGCAUGUGAUGAGGAUUAUGACUGUGCUUUUGGGAAUGGUGUAUUGACCCUUCACCUUGGCAGUGCUGAGGGCACAUAUGUCCUGAACAAACAGACACCAAACAAACAAAUUUGGCUGUCCUCUCCUCUAAGUGGACCAAAGCGCUAUGACUAUUAUCAGGGCCAGUGGGUCUACCUCAGGGAUGGCACUGGCCUACACAAGUUGUUGGAAGAUGAGAUAUCAGAGAUCACAGGGCUGAAAAUUGAUUUGAAAAGAUGCAAGUUUUACACAUGGGGCAUUGCCGAAAGACAGUCCAGCACAAACUAGCUAAUUUGUUUUUUAGGUUACUUCCCCUGAAUGCUUGAUUGUGUCUAUUUGUAUUUGAGAUGAUCAAAUUAUAUUGAAUGGAAUGUUUUUUUACUGGUUGUGUGUGGUUUGUUGUGCUUGCCAUAUUUCUUUCUUUUUCAAAGACGAGUUUUUGAUCUAUGCAAGGAUUUUUAAAGAUUCAAUGUUUGUUUAAAAGACUGUAUGAUAGAUCAUUGUAAAGAGAUUUGCUUUUGUUGUGUGCAUUUUAUCCUGUCUGAUGAAAUGUAUGAUUCAAUAUACUGUAAUCCUUCCAAGUUUUUAUUCCAUCAAUUACAAUUUAGUUAAAAAAAUGUCUUUUUCUAUUAAAUUAGCUGUUUGGGGAAUUGUUUACUGUAAUCCUGCCAUGUAGUUAUCAUCGAAAUAUAAACCUGCUUUUUGAAACAGUGAUGUGAGCAUGCUAUGCAAAGGUCCACACAUGAAAAAUCUGAUGUGGCUGGUUCUGUGUUAACUUUUCCUUUAACCUGUUUGAUGCUUACUGUUACAUAUAGAUGUGUAUGUCACACUUUACUUAAAGCAUGCUUGGCUGAUUGCUAGUGUUAAGAAAGUUUUAACUAUAAAUAUGCUAAUUAAAUCACAAAGAAUUAUUUGAGUUGUGUGUUGGUAGUUGCAGUUAAUGCUGCAUUAUUUUUUAAAAUAUAUUUUUGUGCGUGUUGGUAGUUGACUUAGCAAUUUACAAAUUUUAUUAUAUUCAAAUUUAGUUGUGUAUAGUGUAUGUAUUUAUAGUUGCUUUAGAAAGUUGCAAAUAAUUUAUAACUAUUUAAAUUUUUUGGUUUGUGUUUUGUUAGUUUGAGCUAAUCUUGGUAUAUUUACAUUUGUUUCCUUUGUGUGAGUUGUAGUUGCUUUAGCUGCAUUUUGUACAGUAUUUUAAAAAUAUUAUUUAUUAUGUGCUGUUCAUGUUGGUGUUGUUGCCAGAUGAACCCUACAAGGCCAGUUGUUUGAUUACAUUUUAUGUCUCAUGUAUGUACAUGCUAGAGCAGUAUAAGGGUGGUUAUUUUUAGCUACAUUACCUCAAUUUAAAAAAAAAACAAAAAAAAUGCCAUCAUUCAAAGGUUAUAGGUUUUUUAGUAUAAAUUAAUUUAAGCUGAGAUUUCUUUUUAAAAAUUUUAUUUUCAGUAUAUUAAAUAUAAUUGUAUUAUCAGAAUGGGGUAUAUUGUUUUGUAAUACAGGUAAUGGACUUGGCAUUUAAAAGGUUUUUCAUUUGUCUAGUAUAAUAUUUUGUAUUUAAUAAAUGUCAUUACCCCAACAUUUCUUUUUCCUACUAAAUACAAUACCACUGUAUAACCAUAGCAUAACUCACUCCCCUUCACUGAUGAUCCAUAAAUCACUCUGCUCUACUGACAAAAAUAUUUGACUCUUCCCCAUGCACUGUCUGUACUGCUCAUAACUAUCCCCACUCCGCAUUCCCGAAUAACUCCCUGACCUUGACCACUCUUAUCUCAACCACUGACCACCCAUAAUUCACAUUGACUGCUCAUGACUCACUCCACCCACUGACAACCACUGCUCCCUCCCACUGACUACCUUACCCCCUCUCUCUUACUGACCACCCUUCCACUGAUCAUCCAUCCAUGACUCACUACCCCUCCUAGUCAUCUAGUACACAGAUUGUAAAUAUAGCUGUCUAUGCUCAAUAGUUGUACCGUGUGUAUUUUUCUAAAACCAAAAAUCAUUCCUCAAGGCGCUCCAUAUUAUAAUAACUUUGGUUGAUUAAUAUUCUAUAUAAAUUUUUGUUUAGGAAUGUAAUAAAAAAUUGACUUUUAUGCAAAAUUAAAUACUCAAAACAAAAUAUUUGUGUGUAGGGUAAGAUAAAAGUCUUCACAAUUCAGACACUACUUUUACAAUUUGUAUUAGCAAAAUAUCAUUGAAUGUAAUUUUAACACUUUAUUCUUUAAAGAUACUUAAACCAUCAUUAUUGAAGUAAAUAGUUUACCUUAAUGUCAAAUAAUGCAUUUUCUUACAUGUUUUCUCUUCUAUGUAAUCACAAACUGUAAUUCACUAACCAUCCAUUAGAUCUAAUUAUCUGGAGUUUUUUUUCUUUACAAAAUUUGCAGAUUGCUUAUACAUAUUUAUUCUCUAAGUUGUAUUUGAAAAAUAAUGACCAUUUUCAAUAGCAACAACAAUUAUAUCUCAGGAAUAAUUUUAUUAUUUAUCAUUCAAACCAACAUCACAUUUUUCUGUUGAAAAUAGCCUGAAUUAGAGUGAGCAACUUAGUAUAAUCUUAGGUGUAAAUAGAUAAUACUGGUUAGCUUAGUUUACUUGGUUUAGUUAUGAAAUUGGGAUUUUUGCUCAUACGUUAGUUGAUUUAACACUAUUCCAUCCCAGUAUUUAAUGCCAAAACCAUAGUUCAUGUUUUAUUAAUCUAUUUUUGUAAUGUAGGUUCCUAUUUUUAGUAGAUUUUAUGUGGCUUCAACAAUGUUAUUAUUGCAUCUUGUUAACUGUUGCAUUUUUUAUAUGUAUUUUUGUGGUUUGUUCAUUUAAUGAAAUGACUCUAGGAAUUAUAAAAACUUUGCUAGGAGAUUUGUUCUAUGGUUUUGGGGUUUGAAAACUAGUUGGCCAGAGUUUUCUCUCAGAAAUUGUCAAUCAAAUUUGGUUUAUUGUUGAUGCACAACUCUUUACUUAGAUGUGUGGAGGAUAUUGCUGUUACUCAUUAUAAUCAUGUUGUGUCUGUCAGAUAGGAUUCUAUUUGUUAGGUAAUCUUUUGUGUCUAUCUGGAAGCAUUCUGUUUUUACUGAUACCGAUCUGCUCUCUGGUUGCAUUCUGUUAGUCCAUAGCAUUUUGUAUUGUGGCUUGCUUUUUGAAGAUUUGUAGCAUUCCAUCACCACCAAGUACAAAGUACACCCUCCCUGUUUGCUAGCAGACUCAUUGCAUUUGAACAGUAUUAGAGAAUUGAAAAAAACAUUCUCUUUGUUUAAAUAUACUUUUACAAUCUGCAAAAUCAAAAUCUUACCAAAUAGUUUUUCUUUGCGAAUUAAAAUACACUUUUCAAGUUCAUUUGUCACAAAAAAAAAAUCUGUAAAUAAAAUGUUUAGCUUCAUCAGUGCCUGAGAUUUAUAUUUUCAAUUAUUAUCAAUGUAAUUUGACUGCAAGAUGUAAUGCCCAGUCGUUUGUUCCAUAUUUCUAAUUUUGAUUACAUAAAACUGUUUUUUUCUGAUUUUUCAUAAUGUGUACUGGCUUUAUAAGAAACUACUGUUUGCUCUUUAAAAUUUCCUGCAACAUAUUUGUGUUCUGGAUUUUGUGGUAUCUAUAUAUAGAUCUUAUUAUUGCUUUACUGAACUCUUUGUUAACGCCUGCUAUGACAUCUCUGUGUGCUUAAAACAGUCCAUAAUUUCUACCUUCUACUAUUGAUUAGCCCCAGCAGACAUGAGUACUGUAGCAGCUGUUCCUGGUUAGAUCAUAUAACAUGUACAUCUGUAACCAACCUUCUGUCUGUUUGGUGUCUGGUUAAUUUUAUUCAUGUCUCUACAUUGUGUGGGCUCUUUAUUCUAUUAUUGAUCAGCAAGAGGUUAUUCUUGUCUUAGGUGGUCUGUCACCACCAAAUUUCUGCAGCAAGCCUUGACUAGGUUUUUGGGCCUGUUUUUAUUUUGAAUGGGUAGUUGUGUUUAAAAUAUUGUAUAGGUACUGUGUGGUUCAGGUGUUGUAUAGAUAAAGUACAUUGUUUUAUGGUUGUUAUUACACGAUAAUGUAAACUAUAGUUUUACCGGGUUAGGGGUUUUAACAAUUAUUUUCAUUCAUCUCUUUUUGAGAGGAUGGUUGAAUCAAAAUGCAUAAAUAUUUGCAGUAAGGGAGAGAAGUGAAAGUUAGAUAUUUGACUAUUUUACACGAGUUAUUUCCCUGGAUAAAAACUCUCUUUAAUGUAGUUCAAUGGCAAAAAAAUGCAUGAGCAAGCUGGUAUAAUAAUUUUCGAUGUCUCACUUGUUGAUGCAACAAUUCAUUAGGGAUAUGCAGGUGACCAUGAGUCAUGCCAUCUGUUUUUUCCCCCCAUCUGAAGAGCUCUAUGAAACUCAUUGGAAACAGCUGUUCUUCCAACACAAAGCAAUGAAUAUCCAGGACACGUUGUGUUAGGUUUUUUAACUAGCUCUUCCUGUAGCUUUUUGUUUGAACACAAAUAAACUUAACUUACAAGUUUGUUUCUGUUGAUUUGAAUCCAGUGUUUCUUAUCUUUAGUAUUUCUACAUUUUUUUCUUGUUUUUCUUAUCUGCCAUGUAAAUCAAAUUUUUAUUUAAAAAAAAAAAGCACAAUGAAAAUGGUCCACCUGCCUCAUGUUAUUUGUAAAUUUUAAUUUUUUUUCUCUUUAAAAAAAAAAGGUGUGCAUUGUUUUUUUAUUAUGCCAAAUUGUUUCAAAAUUAUUCUUUCAAUUUUAAAAAGUAUGCAGUGUAACUUGUCAUUAAUUUUUUUUUAACUAAAUGAAUAAUUAGUGUUAAUUGACUUAUAUUUAUGAUAUAAUGAUUAAGAGUUUGAGGUAUAUUUUGUCUAAUUUUAUUUUAAAAUGGGAGAAAUUUUGAUUACUUUUCUUAAAUGUUAGCUUUAAGUGUUGCGCCAUAUUUCCUUUCAGUUUAUGGGACUGGUCUAUCUAAACUAGUUGGAAAAGGUUUUAAAACUGCAGAUAUUAUUUUACAUUUUGUUUCUCUUUAACUGUUCUUUGCAUGGCCUCUGGUGUUGUUUUAUGUAUACAAUCACAACAAACAUGGACCAGUCUGACAGUGAACUUUGACCCUUAUUUCCAUACCUGACUGAUUGGGCUUUAUCUGAUGUCAUAAGUUAGCUUUGGUGGGCAAACAACUUAGCUUUAUAUGGACAGUAAUAAUCCUUAUUGUCUCUGUUGGCUGGUCAAUACUAGACCUCACUGUUAAGUUUGGUUAACCUACAGCUUUGCUUCAUUAAGAAAAUAGACCAUAUUUCAGCUGACCAACUGUUGAUCUCACUGUUAGCUUUAUUUGGUCAACAAAGAACAUUGUUAGAAUCAGUUGGUCAACAAAGACUUGAGAACCAGUUGGUCAACAGCUGUCCAUGAGUAGAGCUUACAGACUGGACUGUAACAUGGGACCACACUGACCUGUUCUCCAUUGGUCACUGGCAAUUGUUAAACACAUGAGUAGCAUGUCUUGGUUGAUUCCACAUCGACUAGAUGUAAAGAAUCGAUUGAUUCGACCUCUACCAUCGAUUGAUUCGACCUCUACUAGAUGUAAACAAUCGAUUGAUUCGAACUCUACUAGAUGUAAACAAUCGAUUGAUUCUAUCUUGACUUUUUGUAAACAAUCAUCUACAAAUUGUGACUAAACUUUGGCUACUUUGAAUGUUGACUUGAGCUAGUCAUUUUUCCUCCUGUUCACAUUGGAUUAUUAUAAUUUUAUAUGAACAUUUUGAAUUAAACUUUCUUGAAAACGAUUUACACAGUGAAGCAUGCUCAAGCCAACAUACUCAGCAAUUUGUUUUUUUUUCUUUUCCUCAAAGAUGCUGUUCUGGUCUCAGUUUUGUACUGACGUUGUUAACAAUAAGCUUUACAAUAUGUCAGGAUUUGAAUAAAAUGUUGGAAUUGAGAUAA